GUAUAUGACUUUUACCUCUUGUCUAUUUAGACAGUUGAAUUUUUGAAAUCAAAAACUAAUUUGAAAAUGUUGGAAGAUAUUGUUAAUAUCGACACAAAAACUCUCGAUUUAGAGACAGCAGAGAAAGUUUUACCUAUCUGGGAAUCAAUGUUGCAAAUUUAUUCAGAAAAGUUGGAAUGCUUACAACACCAAAUAAAAGAGCAUAAACAGGCACUGAUGGCUUUAGAACUGAAAAAAUCCGUAACAGAGAGAUCCAUAAGGAAGAACAAUGAUUUUCUUAAAGAACUCAGUGAAAGAGAUAAUAAUGCCAGUCAGGAGCUUGAAGAAUUGAAAUUUUUAUAUCCUGUUUACCAUCAUCAAAACGAAACACUUUUAAGCCAAGUCCAAAGCGAUUUACAAGCUGAAACAAAAGAAAAUGUAUUAAAAGAAGAUCUAAGCGAAAAGGAAGAAACGUUAAUACAAAUAAAACACUUAAUUGAAGAAAAUAUAGAAGAAAAUGAGAUCAAGAUCGAGAGUUUUAUUAAAAAAUACUUAUAAAUUAGAUUAAUUCAUGUUAAUGCUGUCAAUUA